CAGACACACAGCAGCAGGCGAGGACGGCACAGCGCCACACCUCGAGAUAAACGACCGCACAGUGCAAACGGUGGUCCUGAGUGCAGCUUCGUCUUUACUUCGUUACACACGUCGCGCGGCGCUACCAUGGCGGCUACAUCGAAGCGCGGAGGCGCCAAGUCGAAGAAGUUCGAGCUUACGGAGGAACAGAAGCAGGAGAUCAGGGAAGCCUUCGAUCUCUUCGACACGGAUGGAUCCGGGACCAUCGAUGCGAAAGAGCUGAAGGUGGCAAUGCGAGCGCUAGGCUUCGAGCCCAAGAAGGAAGAGAUCAAGAAAAUGAUCAGCGACAUCGACAAGGACGGUUCCGGAACGAUCGACUUCCAGGAGUUCUUAGAGAUGAUGACGUCGAAGAUGAGCGAGAAAGAUUCGAGGGAGGAGAUCCUGAAGGCGUUUCGGCUGUUCGAUGACGACGAGACCGGCAAGAUCUCGUUCCGCAACCUCAAGAGGGUGGCAAAGGAGCUGGGGGAGAAUAUGACGGACGAGGAGCUGCAGGAAAUGAUCGACGAAGCCGACCGGGAUGGAGACGGCGAGAUCAACGAGGAAGAGUUCUUGCGGAUCAUGAAGAAGACAUCGCUGUAUUGAAAGAGAGACGUAUGCAUUGCAUGCUGCUGCAGUAGUUUUCGAUCUCGUCUCAUGUCGCUUUCUCUUUCUGCUAAUGAAUUUGAUCGACUGCGGUAUGUAGUUUUUCAUCUUUGGAUGUCCUCUCACAUCCUUUUUUCUUGUUCCACUUAUAAAACGUAGACAAACGCAGUUUUCAUGUUUCGACCUCGUCUCAUGUCGGUUUCUUUCUUCUCUUUUGUUUUUAUAUCUGGGCUAUCAAUCAAUGUGUUCGGUCCGGUGGACGAAGAAGAAAGUAUGCUACCUGUACAUAACUCGACGGCGAUUUGAUACUGCUGUGUUGAGGCGAUGUUCUAGGUGGUGCAAGACCUGACAUCGUUUGGGUAUCGAGAUCUGAUUGGGCAGUACACCAGUUGUGCUUGGUGAUGCAACUUCAACACUGGUUUGAUUUGAUUGGACGAGCAUGGUAAUAGUGCGGAGGAAUGUUAAUGCUGCACUUGACGUUCUCUGACUACACACCAGUAGCGUUCGUUUGAUGUACAUAUAGGACGCGUGUCCGCUUGCUUGUGGCUUUAUAUUUUAUGCAGGACUAAGUUGGACAACGUUUUCAGAUAAAAAGUGUUUGAGGACAGAGAGAGAGUUGGUGGGCAUAGUUGACGCCCUCACUCGCGCACUGAUGGAAGCGCCCGAUAGUACCGG